GCAACAGGUCAAGGUUGACUGCACCCAGCUGAUCGUCCUGAAUCAAAACAAUCUCGAAGAAAAGAUAACUUUUGUUGUUCUGCUAUUUUGAUUAGAUACUGUUUGUCGGAAGUAGUACAAGUAAGCCUACAGGCUAUAGUGAAAACAUGUUGUCUAUCAUACGAAGGUUUGGAUUUUUCUCAGGCAGAAUUCCUGGUUAUUAUUACUCAUUAUUGCUAGGCCUCGUUUAUGGCUACCUAGUUUUGUUUGGACUACUGUACUCGUUUAUUAGGAAAGGCCCUGGCUGGUUCUUUAAGCGGAAACGACGAGGAACUUGGCCAGGUUGUAUGGACAAUGAAGAACUUGGCAAGCACGGAUUUUUGAGGAUUAAUAAUUUGAAGCUACAUUAUGUUGCUGCUGGAGAUCGAAGCAAACCACUGAUGCUGUUCCUGCAUGGGUUCCCUGAAUGCUGGUACUCCUGGAGACACCAGAUGAAGGCAUUCAGUGUUAAUUACAGAUGUGUAGCUUUAGACAUGAGAGGUUUUGGAGAAUCAGACCGGCCAAGUGGAAAGGAGUCAUACAGGAUGGAAGUGCUUGUUGAUGAUGUUAAGGCAUCAAUAUCAGCGCUAGGGUACAGUUCCUGCACGCUGGUAGGUCAUGAUUGGGGAAGUGUCAUAGCCUACACUUGUUGCUCUUGGUAUCCAGAUAUUGUUGACAAAGUAAUCAUUAUUAAUGGGCCACAUCCAUCAAGAUACUUUGAAGUUUUAAAAACAAAUCCAACGCAGUUCCUGAAGGCUUGGUACAUUUUUUUCUUCCAAAUUCCUCUCCUGCCAGAGUUUGCUCUAUCAGUUGGUGACUUCCCAGUUUUCAAGAAUUUAUUCAAAAAUAUAGACUUAACAGAUGAACAAGUUGAAGUAUACAAAUACAGUAUGUCAAGACCUGGUGCAAUUUCAGCUCAAAUAAACUACUACCGAGGUUUGCUUACGUCAUCCUCGUCAUCGUGGUUGCACAAGGAUAUUGUUGUUAACACACCCACUCUCUUGAUAUGGGGUGUUAAUGAGGAAGCUAUGGUAAUGGAUGUUACAAAAGGAUUAAAGAAAUACUUAACAAAUGUUUCUAAACAGUAUGUCGAUGCUGGCCAUUGUGUCCAACAGGAAAAACCUAGCGAUGUAAACAGAUUAAUGAAGGAAUUUCUUGAAGAAUAAGAAAUUAUUCUUGCCAUUCCCAGAACUUUUACUAUUUUAUAUAUUUGGAUAAAAAACAUAAUGUUACUUAACUUUAAAAUUUGAAUGCGGCGCCCCUGCUAAACCGCUCAGCCAAUUAACUCCCCAUGCUCGCUUAUAGAGAUAACAUAAAGUUAAUUUGGGAACCAUAGAAAAGUGGUCUUUAAUUAGAUGUCCCAUAGUUUGUCUUACAUUAUAAUUUGAUCUUAUAUCAUAUUAUCCUAUUCAUUGGAUUUUUAUUUAUUUUAAUUUCUAUCCACACUAUCAGGUUUUAUGUGAUAAAUAUCUGUGAUAUGCUUAAUGUAAGGGGCGGACUUUUUCCCCUUUUUGAAGGUGAAAAAAGUGGUUGGGGUUGGGGGGAUGUAGAAGAAAGAAAGAAAAAAUCGAUCGCCUAAAACGCCUCAAAGGGCAUGCCCCCGGACCCCCUAGGGAAGUGUUACCUUGAUCGGCCCCCCUUUUGGACAUCAUCUGGAUCUGCCCCUGUAUAUGGGUAUGAUAUGACAUCAUCAGGUCCUCAGUGAAAAA